AUGAUUGCCAAAGUCCAACGUGUGGUCAUCAUCGGAGCCGGCAUCGUCGGCACCAAUGUCGCCGAUGAGCUCGUCUCACGAGGAUGGACCGAUAUCACCGUCGUCGAACAAGGGCCAUUGGACAUGCCCGGUGGCUCAACGUCGCACGCUCCAGGGCUCGUUUUCCAGACGAACCCUUCAAAAAUGAUGACUCUCUUCGCACGUUACACCGUGGAAAAGUUCCUAUCACUGGAGAAGGAUGGCGAGAGCUGCUUUAAUCAGGUUGGAGGCCUUGAGCUUGCAACUACUCCUGAACGGCUUCAAGAAUUAAAACGAAAACACGGCUACGGCUCUUGCUGGGGUGUUGAGUCACGUCUUCUCAAUCCUGAAGAAUGUAUGGAGAAAUAUCCCUCAGUUAACAAAGACCUCAUCCUUGGUGGCCUUUAUAUCCCCAGCGAUGGCUUAGCAAAGGCAGCUCGAGCUGUUCAGCUUCUCAUCGAGCGAACCAAGAAAGCAGGUGUUCGCUACGUCGACUUGACACCAGUCACUGGCAUCGAGAAGGCUGAUGGUCACGUGACAGGGGUUACAACACCCACUGGGAUCAUACCUGCAGACUAUGUUAUCUCCUGUGGUGGAUUCUGGGGUGUGGAGCUAGGAGCUCAAGUUGGACUGUCGAUACCACUGCUCCCGCUUGCACAUCAAUACGUUAAAACAACUGCAGUUGAAUCUUUGACUAAGAAUAAUCCUGCGCCCAACUCAGCAGUCUUACCCAUUCUACGCUACCAGGAUCAAGACCUUUAUUACCGCGAGCACGGAGACCAGUACGGAAUCGGCUACUAUGGACACCGUCCAUUGCCAGUCGUUGCCGCUACUCUUGGCAAUACUCCCAAAAAUGUGGACGAGCAAAACAUGCCUUCGCGACUCCAGUUCACCCCUGAAGAUUUUGCUCCAGCGUGGGAGUUAACUAGAGAGCUUCUCCCUGCUCUAAAGCAAACUGAGAUUGCUGAUGGGUUUAAUGGAAUUUUCUCAUUCACGCCCGAUGGGGGACCCAUCAUUGGAGAACAUCCUACACUUGACGGUUAUUUCGUCGCGGAGGCUGUCUGGGUCACGCACUCUGCUGGUGUCGCACGAGCCGUUGCAGAGGUCUUGACGGAAGGCAGAUCUAAGAUCGAUCUGGGUGAAGCCGAGUUGACUCGAUUUGAAGAGGUCCAACUUUCUCGGUCCUAUAUCAAUGAGACCUCAGCACAAAAUUUCGUGGAGGUCUACGACAUCAUGCAUCCACUACAACCAAAAGACUCCCCCCGCAACCUCCGGGUUAGUCCGUUCCACGCAAGACAAAAAGAACUCGGAGCUUACUUCCUGGAAGGCGGUGCGUGGGAACGGCCAUAUUGGUAUGAAGCAAAUAGCGACCUAGUCAAAGAGCUCCCCGCAGAGUGGCAGCCAUUGGAACGUGACACUUGGUCGUCCCGAUAUUACUCGCCAAUUGCAGCAGCAGAAGCUUGGAAGACACGAACCUCAGUGGCGGUCUAUGAUAUGACUCCACUUCGUCGCCUUGAAGUGUCUGGUCCUGGAGCCGUUUUUCUGCUACAGCGCCUGAGCACAGGCGACGUUGGCAAGAAGCCAGGUGCAGUUACUUACACCUUGUGGCUAGACGAAAAUGGGGGCGUUAAGAGCGACGUCACAGUGGCCAGACUUGAGGACGAUGUGUUCCAAGUGGGCUGCAAUGGCCCUGUGGACCUGGCAUAUGUCAAUCGCGAAGCUCGCCGACAAAUGCAGCAGGAUCCUCUCAAGUGGGUACAUGUACGUGAUAUCACCAGUGGCACCUGCUGUAUAGGACUGUGGGGACCUCGUGCGAGAGACCUCAUCAGUACCAUCACUCCUGAUGAUUUCUCUAACAAAGCUUUGCGGUAUUUCCGCUGCAAGAAGGCAAGCAUCGCUGGCAUCCCGGUGACUGCAAUGAGAUUGUCCUAUGUCGGAGAGCUUGGCUGGGAAAUUUACACCACCGCUGAUCGAGGCCAAGCACUGUGGGAUGCAAUCUGGAAGGCCGGCAAACCUUAUGGAAUCAUCGCCGGCGGGCGCCAUGCAUUCAACUCAUUGCGACUAGAGAAAGGGUAUCGAUCUUGGGGCACAGAUAUGACUACAGAACACAAUCCCACACAGGCAGGCGUCGGGUUUGCCGUCAAGGCCGGCAAAGAAGGCUUUAUCGGCCAAGCGGCUCUAUCAGCUCGCAGUACGGAACCACUUGAACAACGACUCGCCUGCAUCACAGUUGAUAACAGCAGCUCAGUGGUCCUUGGGAAAGAGCCAGUGUUCCACAACGGAAAGCCAGCUGGCUACGUUACCAGCGCCGCAUUUGGUCACACUAUCGGCAAGCCCAUUGCUUACGCCUGGCUGCCUGCAUCAAUUGAGGUGGGUGAAGCUGUCGAGAUCGAAUAUUUUGGCACACGGUACUGUGCUACCGUAAGGGCCGAGCCUGUGUACGAUCCCAAGAUGACCCGCCUGAGAGAUGUUCCAUCGGAUGUUGAUGUCGUUGCUUCUGCCAGGCUCAACUAG